AUGUCGGCGAUGAUGUUGGCGUCGUUGUCCGGCGCUCGCGUCACGCCGGUGCCCCACCGCCGACGCGCGCCCGCGCGCGCCGGGACGAAUGCGCCUCGCGGGGUGCGCGCGGUGCGCGUGCGCGCGGCGGCGACGGAGACGGAGGUGCCUCUGGGGCGGCAGAUCGAGGACGCGCUCCUUUCGGCGUUCCCCCCCAACACCGUCGACCGCGUGCGCGACUCGCUUCGUUUCACGCUCGCCGACGGCGUGCACAGGGUUAACCACGAGGGCAAGGGCGUCCAGGAGGCCAGCUCCUACAUCGCCGGUCUCACCGCCACGCCCUACUGGGACGUGCACGGCGGGUCCUUCCCGUGGAUGGUGGAGCUCGAGAGGAACUUCGAGAUCAUCAGGGACGAGCUCAAGGCUGGGCUCGCCAACCCGGAUCUCGAGAGGCUGGGUAACAGCGUGUGGGUGGCGGCGGUGAGGGACGACGCGGAGGGGUACGGCCCGGACUGGCGCACCCUCGUGCUGCAGGACCGCGGCGAGUGGGAGCCGACCAACUGCUCUCUCUUUCCCAAGACGGCGGCGCUGGUGCAAGCCGCGAACACGCCGUCGGUGGAGGUUUUCUUCGCGAAGCAGGCGCCCAAGACGGGCAUCAAGCCGCACACCGACUUUACCAACUUCAUCAUGACCUCGCACCUCGGCCUGGACGUGCCCCCCGCGCCGCAGUCGUGGAUGAAGGUUGGAGAAGAGACGCAGUGUUGGGAAAACGGAAAAGGGAUGUGCGCCGACACGUCCUUCAUUCACAGCACGUACAACGAGAGCGAGACCCAGGACAGGUACGUGCUCAUCAUCCGUUUCUGGCACCCGGAGCUCACGGACCACGAACGCAACGGCGUCCAGUUCCUCUUCGACGCCUUCGAUGACCUCUCGCCCGAGGGACUAGCCGCCGCGUCGUCGAAAGCCAGGGCUCGCGCCGCGAAGUACGACGGCAGUCAGACGGGCGCUGACGUGGCGAACGACUUUAAGGCUUCGGUGCGGGCCAAGGUGAACGCCGGGACGGGGAUGGGCGCGGACCUGACGCUGGGAGAUGCCCCCGUCGCGACCCCAGCGCCCGCAAAGGCUGCCGCGGCGCCGAAGGCGAGCAAGGCGGCCAAGGGCGUCGCGGCUAUGAUCGCCGAGUCCAAGGCUGCGUCGGUCGACGCCGCGGGGGGUAAGAAGACGAAGAAGAACAAGCGAAACAAGCGAAAGGGCGCGGGGGGCGGCGAAGGCCUCGGCCUCCUGGCCAAGGGCAUGAAGUGA